UAUUAACUAUUAACAUAUGAUCAUCAUCCAGAAAGGACUGUCCUGUGGAUGUGAUGUACAUUGUAUAUGAUGGUACUGUGAUGUACAAUGUACAUGAUGGUGCUGUGAUGUACAAUUUAUAUGAUGGUGAUGUGGAGUACAAUGUAUAUGAUGGUGCUGUGAUGUAUAAUGUAUAUGAUGGUGCUGUGAUGUACAAUGUAUAUGAUGGUGCUGUGAUGUACAAUGUAUAUGAUGGUGCUGUGAUGUACAAUGUAUAUGAUGGUGCUGUGAUGUACAAUGUAUAUGAUGGUGCUGUGAAUUGUUUUCUGUAGUUAAUCCAGCUGUGGGGCAAUGGUACUUCUAGACCAGUUAAGUUAAAAAAAUUUUGUAAACUGUUUUCCAUUGUUAUUUAUGAUCAUUUCGUUUGCUACUUCAACUGAUAUUAAAAAUGAUCUAUCCAUAAUACUUUGAAACUUACAUAUUGCAAAUUAUGCUGAUUUUUUUCCCUUCUAUGUUUUUUUUCUACACCAGGCAUAUUUUUAGUGCGCCUCACACCCCUCUUGAUUUCAGAGCAUUUCCCGCACCCCAAUCUCGAUUUCAACACUAAAAUCCCAUACACCCUAAAAAAUGUAAAUAAAUCUGAUUUUCUGAGUCUCCCUGCACCUCCUGAGACCACCUCAGGCUCCGGCACCCAUGUUUAAGAACUGGUGGGUUAGUGUCCCAUUAACAGUAACAGACCUCAAAAAGUUUGAACUGUCAACAUUAAAAAAAAAUACAUUUUAACUAUUUUUUGCAUUACCGGUACUUGAAUUGAUUGAAAUUUAAAAGAAAAUUUUAUAUCCCAUCCAAAUGUUCCCAACAGUUGAAACCCUAUUUUACAAUGACUUUGUCUGGUCAUUUCUUGGUCAAUUUUGGAAAAUAUAGUCUCCAAAAAAAGCCACUUUUUUUUUGCUGAAUUUGAAUUAUUUAUUCUUUUUAACUCUAAUUCUAAUUCAAGUUUCUAGGGUAGUUACAUCCCUCCUUUUUUUUUUUGUUUAUCAAAAUAUUGAAGAAGGCUGCAACUAUUCGCACCCGGGUACCGGGUAUCAGAAGUGAGAGAUUGGGAUUAAAAAACUAUUUAAAAUAUUACUGGUAUUGUUGGGUUUGUAAGACAAAAUGAGGUAUCAAAUGAAAGAUAAUUGAAAUUGAAUGGUCUAUAUGUUUGUAAACUUACCUCUUCAGUUUAACUAAAAUAAACUACCGGGUACCACAAAUGACAUCCGAAUGGGAUUUAGUCUAAAGAGACCCAGGUCCGAAUAGGGGCUAAGCCGAAUAAAUUCAAACGGUCCUAAAUUUAUAUUACCGGUACUUUAGAUUAAUAAGCUCAAAAACUUAAAUAUUAUUUUUGAAGAAGUACGUUUUUUUUCCAAUAAUUUUAAAUGAAAUGUAUCCACAAGCAGCAGUGUGUCCCCGUGUGGAGGAGUUCUUUGUAAUCUCAGAUCAAGGACUGGAGGUCUGCUCUCACUCAACAUUUCUUUAACCCUUUGACACCCACCACCAUUAAUAGUUAUAAGACAGGUGUGGUCCUCUGUAGUUGGCUGGCCAUUCUCAGAGAUUGGUGGUGCAGACCACAUCAUCUAGUCAAAUACUUGAUGUAGAUGAGGAAAAAACUGCAGAAUGUGACCAUGGCAUUAACCUAAGCCAGUCACAUUCAGAAUGGGACGAGGGUGUUGGUCAUCAAAGUCACAGGUGUCGUCCUCUGUAGUUGGCUGGCCAUUCCCCAAAGAUUGGUGGAGCACACCACCAUAUCAUCUAGCCAAAUACUUGAUGAAGUUAAUGUAGAUGAAGAAAAAAGCUGCAGAAUGUGACCAUGGCGUUAACGUAAACCAGUCACAUUCAGAAUGUGACCAGGGUGUAGUUCCAAGCUGGUCACAAUCAGCUGUAUCAGUGAUGGGAAGACUUUUUCAAGCCCAAGUGUCUCUCUUCUGAUCUAUAGUGUUCACUCGAUCUUGCAGUUGCCGGUAUCAUUUUUAUUCUCCAACUUAUUUUUAUCAUUCUAAUUCUAUUGCUAGUGGUAAAUCUUUUUUUUUUUUUGACAUCCCCAUAAGAAAUUUGGACCUGUGGUGGGUUAAAAAUAUUUUACGUUAAAAUUUAUUUAAUGAAUUGAUUUUAUAAAUUUGUUUUCUAUUUUAAUAUGUGAUAUUAUUUCAUCUUUUGCAAACCUUUUUCUUUUUUUUGGUUGUAUAAGGUUGCAUUAUGUAAUUUUUAAAAAUCUGUUUAGGAUAUCCUCAAGUGUACAUUUUUGUCCAUAACCAUGAAUACUUGGUGGUGUACAUUUGUAGUACAUUCAGUUGCAGCCCUUGAUUUACAAAAAUCACAAUUUUAGGAUUAAAAGAAGAAAACGCUUAACAAAUAAAAUCCUCUUCAUACUGUGAACAAAACAUUCCUGAAACACUCUGUAAACACAAAGUACCUGGUACCGGUACUAAAGUUUGUAGUUAAUCUUUUAUAAUAUAAUACCGUUAUAAUAGUACAAGUACAAUGUAGAAAUCAAAAUUUAAUGCACCUUAUGUAAAUAUGACACAUGGGAUUGUAUUUGCUUAAAGUUAAAGUGCAUAUCAGUAUGAACUUUAGGAAUGAUGAAAGUCUUUGUAAAUCAAGAACUGCCUGUAUCUCUGUUAAGUCCAAUGCUAUGAAGAUUUCAAUGGUAAACAAAAUUUGUAAACAUAUAUUCUCAGAGAGAAAUUGAUAUAUAUCUUUUAACCAAAUUCAAUAUUCAUGUACCAAAUUAAUAGACAUUUUAUUUUUGACAUUUAAAAUUUGUUUUUAAAAAACAAUAAUGAU